AUGUAAAAGUUAUAUAUAGGUAAGGUUAAAGAGGUGAAUAAGUAAGAGAUAUAUAAAUUGUUAAUGCAGUAUGGAUUAAUAAAGAGUUUUGAGGAUAAGGAUAGCUUUUGUUUUGUAGAGUAUUAUUAUGAGAGUGAUGCUCGAAUGGCAUAGUAUGAAUUAGAUGGAAGAUCAGUUUGUAAUACUCGAAUAGUUGUUUAAUUUUCAAAGGCAUUAAUGAAAUAAGAAGACUUAUUGAAAGAGGCAUUACCGUCUUCAACGCGUAAGAUAUAUGUGGGGAAUUUAAAUCAUAAGUUCACAAGUUAGGAAUUAGUUGAGAUCUUUAAUAGAUUUGGAAAGAUAUUGGACAUAAUAUUUAAAGAAACCUAUGCAUUGAUUGAAUACCCAACAUAAUAAUGUGCAACUGAAGCAAUUUUAUAUAUGAAUGAGAAGAAUUGUAAAGGAGAAAUUUUGAAAGUGGAUCUCUAGAAAACAUAUGACGAAGUUUUGAGUUCUAGUAAUCGAAUAUAUAUUGGUAUAUACUUAUGAUUAAAAUUGAAUAGGAAAGAUUGGAAAUUUAAAGAAGAUGGAUUUGAUUUUAAAUUUUGGAUAGUUUGGUUUCAUUGAAGAUAUUAGUGUGAAAGAUGAUCUUUAUGCAUUUAUUUAAUACAGAAACAAUUUACAUGCCAGUAGAGCUAUUAAAGAAAUGAAUAAUACAGAAAUCAAAGGAAAUAGAAUAUAAGUGCAAGAAGCCAGAUGUAAAAUAGGAAUUUAAUAUCAGCUAAAAACCAUUUGCCAUUAAAUUUUAACAUAAGCCAAUAUCUACCUUAGCAUUCCAAUUUAUUAGAUUAGUUGGCUCCAAAUCAAUUAUUAAAUAAAGGCCAUGAAGAAAAUAAGAAUAAUCUUGUUCAAAAACCUAGUCGAAGUAGAAGUAGAAGUAAAGAAAAGAAAUAAUCUGCUAAUGGGUUAGCUAUACUUAAAGAUCUUGAAUUAACUUGA